GUGAAUAGAGAAAGGUAUGAGAAAACACCGAGUUUCCUUAUACCUCCAUGGCUCAGAGAAUACGUAAAGCUACCGGAAAGAUGACGCAUCUUUGCCGGAAAAUCGUUCACGUCAGAAUCCGGUGGAGUAUAGUCGAGAGAGUAUCGGUUUUGGGGGAUUUUUUCAGGUCCAUUUGGGAAAGAAUUGUUGUUUGCUCUAUAUGGAAGCCGAGUCGCUACCGGCGUUUGUCUCAGAGGUCGUCUUCUCCGGGAGUGGAGGCUAUUGAGUCAGGUUUGGGUCACGAUGAUCCCACGACGACGUUUGGCGGGUAUGACAGUGAUUCCGACUUGGUUGCUUUGAAAAUCAGUCUUUUGGGUGAUUGCCAGAUUGGAAAAACAAGCUUUGUGAUCAAAUAUAUAGGUGAUGAACAAGAAAAGAGAUCUCUGGAAAUGAAAGGAUUAAACUUGAUGGAUAAAACACUAUUCGUUCGAGGUGUUCGAAUUGCUUUUAGAAUAUGGGACACAGCAAUUCCCAUAUUAAUUGGGACCAAGUUUGAUGAUUUUGUUCAACUUCCACCAGAUCUGCAAUGGACUGUUGUGACCCAGGCCAGGGCAUAUGCGAGAGCUAUGAAGGCAGCCCUUUUCUUUUCAAGUGCAACCCACAACAUCAAUGUCAACAAGAUCUUCAAAUUUAUCGUGGCCAAGCUCUUUAACUUGCCAUGGAACUUGGACCGAAAUUUGACUAUUGGUGAACCCAUUAUUGACUUCUAA